AUGCUCCAGAAAGACUUCCGUUCCGUGCUACUCACUAGCGUUGCAGUGUCGGCUGGUGCUGGUGGAGGGCGGUGUUUGGCAACGGACGAGGACGAGUGCAGGAGCCCACGUGAUUGUCAAUGCACAAAGCUCUGCAAAAAUCUUCGGCCAUCUCGUGUUGGAAGCAACUGCUCUCCUCCAUCCUGCUUCUGUGCCGCCUUCCGGCCGCAGGGUGCAAUGGCUGCGCCUCAUGCGCAGAUGUUGCUUCAGACUUGUUCGGCGGGAGAAGCAUCACCGGCAAGCUUUGCCUUCGCCGUCGGCCAUCGUCGCCACGAGGUCUCGCGGCUGUACGCCGCCGCUUCGCAACAAUCUUGUCGUGAAAGUGAUCAACAGCCAAUCCCGUGUCUGUGGUGCCGGGCCGUUCUUGCAGCUUUCGAACCUUGUGUGUGGGACUUCCUUGCAGCACUUCAUCUGAGGCUUGUGAGGCUGCCUUGCAGGCUGAUGUCAUCGCGCAAGGGCGCAUUGUGUGUCGUGCAGCCGCAGAAGUUAAAUGAGUUCGGUUCGGUGCUGAAGACAACAAAGGCCCCCAUGCUGGAUCUGGGACAGCCGCUGCUGGCAGUGCUCUAUGAGCAACGCUCGGCUAGAGGUCAACUGGACCAUCGGCUUGAGCGGGCGUCGCCUUGA